AUGAAGCUCAUCUCAUCCGUCAUCUUCUGCCUCAGCAUUGCCAGCGCAGCCUAUGCUGCCCCGCAGUCUGACGUCCCUACCCAUCAAGGCCAGAUUAUGAAGCGCGACGACGGCAGCUUCUUUCUUCACGUCCCCAUGCUUGCCGGCGAGAAGCGCGGGUGCCCUACUACUGCCUCUUCUAUCCCAGCGCAGCGAUCGCCAGAGCUGCAUUCUGAGCUAGCCGGGCCGGGUAGUCUCCCAAUCAAAUGGUCCUGUUUGGACGAUGGUGACAGCGGGUUCCCCCUCGCUGUACCCCGCAAGGUUAGCACAGGCCGGUUGAACCCUGGUGAUACCUUGGCGAGAGCCGGGCAUCACCGCGACUUCGGAAAUUCUCCGACGACCUAA